AUGGCGACUUUGCUUCCUCCUAAAAGCAAAAAACAGAAAAAGGAAGAACAGAACCCUACUCCGUUCGAAGUUCCUGAAAAAUAUCCACUCGUAAAUAUUCAGUUUCGAGCCUCAGAUGACAGCCAUGAAGUUCCUUCUCUUUUGGUCCCUGGAAACAGUUCGGCUCGUCAAUUAGAUAUCCUUUUAAAUCAAUUGCUUGGUUCUCCCGAGGAUCCCGUUCCUUACACCUUUGCUUUAAAACAUGGUGAAGAUGCUGUGGAAAUUCCUGAUAACCUUUAUACUACUGUGUUUCAUAGUGGUCUCAUGAAAACCGAAGAUCAUUUAACAUUGUUGUAUACCCCUCAAGCAGUUUUCCGGGUUCGCGCAAUCACUCGAUGUGCAGCUUCAAUGAACGGACAUGACGGCACUAUCAUCUCUGCCCAGUUUUCUCCAAGCUCUAGCGCUCGCUUGGUUACUGGAAGUGGUGACUGCACAGCCAGGUUAUGGGACUGCGAUACUCAAACCCCCAUCUCUACUCUGAAAGGACAUCAGAAUUGGGUUUCUUGUAUUUCAUGGGCUCCAGAUGCCUCUAUCAUUGCUACUGGAAGCAUGGACAAUACUAUCCGUUUAUGGGAACCAAAGAAAGGCGCCCCCAUUGGUGAUGCACUUCGCCGUCAUACCAAACCUAUUAUGGCCCUUUGUUGGCAGCCUCUUCACUUGAGUCCGGAGUCUGGUCCAUAUUUACUUGCCUCUGGCUCUAAAGAUAACACCGUUCGUGUUUGGAACACCAAACUUAGGACUCUUGUAUAUACACUUUCUGGUCACACUGCACCCAUCACUUGUGUCAAAUGGGGUGGACAGAAUUGGAUUUAUUCUGCUUCAUAUGAUAAAACCAUUCGUAUAUGGGAUGCCAAGGACGGAAAAUGUUUACACAUUUUAAAGGGACACGCUGCCCGUGUCAAUCAUUUGUCUUUGUCUACGGAACAUGUUUUGCGCUCUGGUGCUUAUGAUCAUACCGAUUUUAAACCUAAGAACUUUCGUGAGGAACGCGACAAAGCUAAAGAGCGUUAUGAGAUAUGUGUAAAACAAUCCGGCGAACGUCUUGUUUCUGCAAGCGAUGACUUACAAUUAAUGUUAUGGGAUCCUUAUAAAACCACUAAAGCUGUUGCCAAAAUGCACGGUCACCAGAAGGUAGUAAACUAUGCAUCAUUUUCUCCCGAUGGUCGUCAUAUUGCAACUGCCAGUUUCGAUAGUUCGGUGCGCUUGUGGGAUGCGAAGACAGGAAAAUUCCUUGCUACGCUACGUGGACAUGUUGCCGCUGUUUAUCAGUGUGCUUGGUCUACCGAUUCCAGAUUACUUGUAAGCUCUUCUCAAGAUACGACGUUGAAGGUCUGGGAUGUCCGUACGAAAAAGUUGAAGUGUGAUUUGCCAGGUCAUAUUGACCAGGUAUUUGCCGUAGACUGGUCGCCUGAUGGGCAACGCGUUGCCUCAGGAGGUGCCGACAAAGCUGUACGGAUAUGGACGCAUUAA